GCAGUAAUACCUAUGACUUCAACGUUACCCCAAUUUGUUUCACGUGUGCACGGUAUUAAUGAAGACUAAUUGAAGCCGCGGUUAUAAAUACGAGUCAGCUGGCGAAAUUCGCAAUUUCUUCCUAUAAAAUGCUCGGAAAAUAUUUUUUAGUAGUGUUGUUUUUAUCGUCUUAUUUAUUAGGUGUGACAUGUCGUAUAAGAAGAAGAAAAUUUCAUUCGCUUCUAAACAGAAUUAAGAAUCGCAGAAUAGAGCCUUUAAUAGUCGAGGAGCCUUCUAUCAGUUACACGACGUUUUCCUUCACAAAUGUGACGUUCAAGCACGCUGAGAGUCCGGUGUGUGAUCCGGACCGCAAUCUGUUAUAUUGGGUGGACGUCCUCAACCAAAACGUCCACGUUCUCGAUUAUGUCACUGGGAAACAUAUAAGACGGCAUAUCGAUCACGGGGAAGUGAACUUCGUGAUACCCAUUCAGAACAGCAACCGCGUGUUGCUGGGCGUGCGGGCGGAGCUAUACGUGCUGGACUGGGAGGUCCCGGGGCGAGCUGGCUUGCGGCUGGUAGCGCUGGUGGACCAGGGCCUGCCCGACAACAUUCUGAACGAGGGGAAGGCUGACGCGCUCGGUAGACUCUGGGCUGGUACAAAAGGUUCCCAGAACGGCCACGAGGUGGCGCCUGACCAGGGCUCGCUGUACAAAUUCGAGCAGCCGGACUUCUUGCCGCGUGUGCAGCUGAAACCUGUCACCAUCUCCAAUGGACUCGUCUGGUCUCUCAACAACUCCGUGCUGUACUACAUAGACUCGCCCACUAGGAAGAUCGAGGCGUUCGACUUUCACUUGGAAAGGGGACAAAUCAGUAGACGUCGCACUGUACUGGAUAUUACAGAAUAUGGAUACAAUAAGGCCAUACCUGACGGCAUGACUAUAGACAGAGAUGGCAUGUUGUGGGUGGCAUUAAUGUUUGGGGGGACGAUAAUUCGCAUCGAUCCAGACUCGAGACGUUUGAUCGAAUCCUACGAUCUGCCAGUGACGGCGGUGAGCUCCGUGGGGUGGGCGGGGCCAGAGCUGGACCAGCUCAUCAUCACCACCUCGCGCCGGAAUCUGGACGACGAGUUCCUCACGCAGGAGCCGAUGGCCGGCUCACUCUUCAUACUAUCUGACACGGGGACAUCCGGAGUCCCCAGCUUUAAAGUGGCUUUUGAAAAUGCCGAUGAAUAUAGGUAAUUUUCUGCCUGAUGAGUGGGGAAACUCAUCGCUUGGAGCCCAUGAUCGAUUCCCCAAAUUGUGCAAAAAUCUUUGCCCUACUGAUAACAAUCAGGUUUCAAUCGAUUUAGAACAAUUUAGAUGCCGACGAAUAUAGGUCAAUUUACCGGCCGAUAAAAGCUAGAGAAACUCAUCGCUUGGAACCCAUGAUGGAUUUCUUAAGCUCAUCUCUUAAUAAAUAAUAGAAAACGUAAGGUCUGUUAAUAAAUAAUAGAAAACGGAUUUUUAACGAACUACUUUUUUUUGCUAAUGCAAUACCAAAUAGAGUAGAAAAGAUGAGUUUAUAUUCACCCAGUAAAAGGAUUAGCACUCUCAUUUAUUUUCUACUUUUAAUAGACAGUCUGUAGAAGUGAGGUAGAUUAUUGUUUGUGUUGUGUGGAAGAAGUGAAAUGAUAAUUUUAAGUUAGAUGCUUGAGCGAUGUUUGAGAAUUAGUACGACUAAAUUGUAAUUUAAUGAGUACAAUAUUUGUUUCUUACUUUCUAUAUAACUCAUGUAAUUUAUGAUUCAGAACGUAAUUGCGAAAUUAUUUAAUUUUGAUUUGGGUGAAAUAACAAAUAACAAAAAUAUUCUGAAAUAUUUAAUAGAGGACAUGAAUACAACAAGAGUAUUGUGUAACAAGAAAUUGUAUAACAUUUGAGACUCCAUCACCGAAUCAACGUAACACGACACAACACCAAAAGAUGACUAGAUUUUAAUAGUUUUAGUUUAAAUUACAACAAUUCGUGAAUCCGAAAUUUUAAGAUACAAAUAUUUAAAUUAUUUUUAAGUUAUCGUACUUACGACAUUAAUGUUAAUGGUUUGCUUUGAUAGCCAAUGUACGAGAAAAUAUUAAUUUAUAUUUAAUAAAAUUAUUUCUGAAAUA